AUGGCAGCUAAAUCCGCUCCUAACUUUUAUCAAACGCAUUUGACGACGACAUUCUUCCGCAGAGCCCCAAGUUUCUGGAGUCGACGACAUUCGAGUAUAUCCAAUGGCACUACAACUCACAUGAUCAACGAGCCUGUCGACGAAGAGUUUCUAUACGAGGAAAGGUUGAAGUACUUCCAUCCGACCCGAGCUGGAGAUGUACUGGACGGCAGGUUCAAGGCAAUUGCAAAGCUGGGUUUUGGUGCUGGGUCUACUGUCUGGCUAGCUGAAAAUCUCAAGUUGCGAGUUUCGCCAUUUCUCUCUCUCAUUCUCUCACUCUCUCCCUAUCUUUCUGUCUGUCUAUCGCUUUAUGCUGGAGAAUUCAAUUCUGUGGAUGGUAGUUCAAAGUUUUGGAGCUCAGAUAUUCCUCGCUAUGUUAGCAUCAAGGUACCAACCAUUGAUUCCAAUGCCUCUGGUGAAUCGAAACGCUCAAAACUCAUCUCCAGCACCAAUCCCUCCCAUCCAGGAUUGUCUUUCAUCCGACUACCCAUUGAGGAGUUCCAAUCAGAAGGUCCAGAAGGAACUCAUUUCUGUCUUGUUUACAAACCCAUGAGGGAGACGCUCUAUCAUUGGCAACGCCGGCUACCAAAACAGAGGCUUCCUUUGCCACUAUUCAAAUCUUAUGCAUUUCUCAUCCUCCAAGCUUUAGACUAUUUACAUACCGAGUGCCAUUUAAUCCACACAGACAUCAAGGACGAUAAUAUUCUAGUGACGAUCGAAAACGACUCCGUGUUCGCUGAUUUCGUCAAGAAUCUGACUACAAAUCCCCAGCCUAGACAUGUUCGAACUGGCGAUGGCCGUGUAAUAUAUCUCUCACAAGAUGACUUUGGUCCAUUGCGAGGUAACAUGGUUUUGCCAGCUCUGGCUGAUUUCAAUCAAAGCUUUCCAGGACUAGAUGGCAAUAAAGGCCAUCUAUCUCCCAUCCAGUCUCACCGUUACCGUGCCCCGGAAGUGCUACUUGGAUGUCCAUGGUCAUACAGCGUCGACAUCUGGAACUUUGGUCUUGUUAUGUGGAAUAUGUUAGAGAACACUAGCCUGUUUGAGAACAUUGUUGGCGACGAUGGUGAAUACGAUGCGCACAUCCAUCUAGCCCAGAUCGUUUCUCUGUUGGGAGACCCCCCUGAAACCUUGGUCAAUAGGGAACGUGUCUACCGCAAGCUAAAGCUUGGCCGAACAGUAGAAAACCCAAUGGGCAGGGGCUGUGAGACUAUGAACGAAUAUUGGGGUGGGCCUUUCUUUGAUGAGCAUGAGGAUGAGAAAGAUGUGUUUCUGGACUUUGCUUCAUCUAUGCUCCAAUGGGUGCCCGAGAAAAGGAAGACUGCCAAGGAGCUGUUGCAGCAUAGGGUCUUUGACUCCCUGGAAAAGGAGCGGGAACGGUAUUUUCAGACUUAUGUCUGA